UCCCGCCCCCUCUCCGCCCACGUCUGAUCUCGGUAGACGGCGGCCGGAGAGGGACAAUGGUUUCCAUGUCAGCGGACCCACGCUCUCGCCAGGGGAAAGAUGCCGUGAGUGAGCGAGUGCGUGCUGAGGGGCGAUGAAGCGACCAGAGAUGCGGGUGGCCGGUAGUGCAAGAGCCAUGCCGCGCCGAGGCCUCGUGGAGGGGCCGGACUUUGAGUUUUUCCAGCGUCGCUAUUUCACGCCAGCCGAGGUGGCCCAGCACAACGUGCCGGAAGACCUGUGGGUGUCCUACCUGGGAUCCGUGUACGACCUGACGCCGCUGGCUCGCAAGUACAAGGGAGACCUGCUGCUAAAACCCAUCAUAGAAGUUGCGGGCCAGGACAUAAGCCACUGGUUCGACGCGAAGACCGGAGACAUCCGCAAGCACGUCGACCCGCUGACCGGCACCCUGAGAUACCGCACCCCCCGGGGCCGCUUCCUGCACGUCCCGCCGCAGCUGCCGCGUUCAGACUGGGCCAAUGAUUUCGGGAAGCCCUGGUGGCAGGGGGUGCAUUAUGAGGUGGGGCGGCUGUCUGCCAAGACCCGCAACAUCCGCAUCAUUAACACGCUCACGUCCCAGGAGCACACGCUGGAGGUGGGGGCCGAGGAGUCCAUGUGGGAGAUCCUGCACCGCUAUCUCCCCUAUAACGCACAUGCGGCCAGCUAUACAUGGAAGUACGAGGGCAAGAAACUGAACAUGGAUUUUACCCUGGAAGAGAACGGAAUCCGGGAUGAGGGUGAAGAAUUUGACUCUCUCAACAUGGACGGUGCCCUCUACACUCCUGCCAUUCUGCUCUACUUCAAUGAUGACCUCACAGAGCUGUAGGAGUGGAGCUGAAAGCAUAUGUAGACUCAGGAUGUAUUUUGAGUUUGGCUGUUUCUGUGCCCUGGAAGGGGGCGGGGUGGAGUGUGGGACAAACCUCCACUCCACUCUGGGAACUGGCCUGUGGUUCCCGUGUCCCUCUGAAGCGUACAGGUCCUACUUCCCAGGCCCACUGUGAUUAGGUCAAAGUUAGGGAGAAUGCUAGAAGCAAAUUCAUUCAUUCUCAGGAGUGACAUGAGAAGAUGAGGUAUUUUGGAUUAGGGAGACAGCCAGAGCGUAGGCAGAACUUUUUGACGGUCGGAGAGGGAGGAGUCCUACACGGGGAUGAGGGAUGGGAGAAGUUUCAUGGCAGUGAUGGGAAUGGGGACGGCUGCAGGAGGAUGGGACUGCCACAGACAGGAACAGGAAGUGUCCAUUGCUGGCCAUACGGAACUGGCUGAUCUGCCUUCUGAACUUGAUAGUUGAAACCCCAAAGGGAAGAAAGGAAGUGAAGGGGUAAUUGGUAAUUCAGUCCGGAGCUUAUGGUACGUGCCUCAUACACCCUUUUAAAUACAUCUACUCCGAGAUGGGUGCCAUCGCUACAAUUUUACAUGACUUUUAGACUUCUUUUUAAAGCUUAGAAGAUUCUUUCCGUAUUUGGCUUUAGUAAACUAUUGAUGACCCUGGGCAGCUUCCCAUCCAGCAAGUAGAAGGAACUCCCAAAGCUUGGCAAGAUUUAGUGGCAGGAAGGCACACUAGUUAGUGACCAGGGUGCAAACUCAAGUCUAAAUCUGAAGCUGAUGUUCUUCCCGUGCGUGUAGAGAACCUCUCCCCGUAUUAGGCUGGUCGCAAAAGACAGCCACAUUUGUGGGCAGAGUGGCCGGGUUCAUCUCCUUUAACCCCAGUGAGGGAGGGGAAUGAGGAUGACAGAAAAGAGAGAGAGAGAGAAGGAGAGAGGUGCAUGGGCCUGCCUGGCCAGAGUGGGGCAGGAGGGAGGGGGCGGG